CGGCGGGCAGGAAUGUAGGCCCGGCCGCUCCCCGGUCCAACAAAGUAAUCCGGCGAUGCUUCGAGUGCGGAGCGCGGCCGUACCCGUCCCACCGCCCGCCGCGGGAGCACCGCGCCCCUUCCCGCCAUUCCCGGUCCGUUCCGCCCCUGCCCGGCGCCGUUGAGCGCCCUUGGCCCCGCCGGAGCUGCGCGGCGAAACGUGCGGAAGGACACCGAAAGAAGAGUGCGACGAGCUGUAGUUCCGGCCGCGGUCGGGCCUUGUUUCCCAAAAAUAGCGCGGCGCGGUAUCCGUGCGCCGGUGUCAGUGUCUCCUGAGGAGCCGCGGCGGGAGCGGAGCGAGCGGGGGAGCGGCGGUGCUUAGAAGAAGUAGGAACCGUUUCUCAAGCUGAAGACAAAGUAAAAGAAAACUGUAUCAUGUGUUAGAACACUGAAGAGGGACAUUUCUUGGAUUAGUUUAUUUCUGGAUUGCUAAACAAAAGAAAGAAGAGGCGAAAAUGGGGAGAAAGAAAAUACAGAUCACGAGAAUAAUGGAUGAACGGAAUAGGCAGGUCACCUUUACAAAGAGGAAGUUUGGAUUAAUGAAGAAGGCCUAUGAGUUGAGUGUGCUCUGUGACUGUGAAAUAGCACUCAUCAUUUUUAACAGCUCUAACAAACUCUUUCAGUAUGCCAGCACUGACAUGGACAAAGUUCUACUAAAAUACACAGAAUACAACGAGCCCCAUGAAAGCAGAACCAACUCAGAUAUCGUUGAGACCUUAAGAAAGAAAGGCCUUAAUGGUUGUGAGAGCCCUGAUGCUGACGAUUACUUUGAGCACAGUCCACUAUCGGAGGACAGAUUCAGCAAACUAAAUGAAGAUAGUGAUUUUAUUUUCAAGCGAGGCCCUGCUCUGAACAAGAAGGAACACAGAGGGUGCGACAGCCCGGACCCUGACACUUCAUAUGUGCUCACGCCACAUACAGAAGAAAAAUAUAAAAAAAUUAAUGAAGAGUUUGAUAAUAUGAUGCGGAAUCAUAAAAUCGCAGUGAGUACUAAACCCGGCUUGCCUGCCCCGAACUUCUCCAUGUCGGUGACGGUUCCAGUGUCCAAUCCCAACACUUUAACCUACAGCAACCCCGGGAGCUCCCUGGUGUCCCCAUCCCUGGCUGCCAGCUCCUCUCUCACGGACACCACCAUGCUGUCCCCGCCCCAGAGCGCCCUGCACCGCAACGUGUCCCCCGGGGCGCCGCAGAGACCGCCCAGCGCCGGCAACGCAGGUGGAAUGCUGGGGACAACUGAUCUCUCAGUGCCAAAUGGAGCUGGUACCAGUCCAGUGGGAAAUGGGUUUGUGAAUUCCCGAGCUUCACCAAGUCUACUUGGUACCAGUGGUGGUGGGAAUGGCCUAGGCAAAGUCAUGCCUACAAAGUCCCCACCUCCACCAGGAGGAGGAAACCUUGGCAUGAACAACCGCAAACCCGACCUCCGUGUCGUCAUCCCUCCCUCCAGCAAGGGCAUGAUGCCGCCACUGUCGGAGGAGGAUGAAUUGGAGUUGAACACCCAAAGGAUAAGCAGUUCUCAGUCCACGCAGCCCCUGGCCACCCCCGUGCUGUCGGUGACAACCCCGAGCCUGCCCCCGCAGGGACUCGUGUACACGGCCACCUGGGACAGCGCCCCCAGCACCGAUUACUCCUUGACUAGCGCAGACCUGUCUGCCCUGCAGGGGUUUAACUCCCCGGGAAUGCUGUCCCUGGGGCAGGUGUCUGCCUGGCAGCAGCACCACCUCCGUCCCGCGGCCCUCAGCUCUCUUGUCACUGGCAGCCAGCUAUCUCAGGGUUCAAACCUCUCCAUUAACACCAACCAAAACAUCAACAUCAAAUCGGAACCCAUCUCCCCUCCCCGGGACCGCGUCACCCCCUCGGGGUUCCCGCCGCAGCAGCCGCAGCAGCCGCAGCCGCCGCCGCCGCCGUCGCGCCAGGAGCUGGGGCGCUCCCCGGUCGACAGCCUGAGCAGCUCCAGCAGCUCCUACGACGGCAGCGACCGCGAGGACCCGCGCGGCGACUUCCACUCGCCCGUGGUGCUGGGGCGGCCGCCCACCGCGGAGGAUCGGGAGAGCCCCUCGGUAAAACGGAUGAGGAUGGACACGUGGGUGACAUAAACCCGCGGCGUCGCCCUCUCAGCUUUGUGUUCUCAAAAUGAACUGUCCUGACAUAUCUAAAUUUAUAAAUAAGGACGUGAAUAAGUAUAUUUAUAUGUAUAUACAUACGUGCAUAUAUAUAUCUUCACAUGCAUAUAUAUGUGCUAGUGUGUGUAGCAUACACCGAUCAUCAGGCACUUACGACAAACUCUUGUAUAGCUGCAGAUGUCCCUUGGUAACAGUAACAGAACAAUCCCGUAGGUUUGAUCUCUAGUCUGGCACUUACCUGGACUCGUGUGUAACCCCAGCCCGGCCCGCGCGGAGCGGUGUCCCCGCAGUGUCUCCUCCUCCUCCACACCCACCCGAGCGAGGGCUCGCCUGUAGUACCGUCCCUGUGUGUAGUCAGCUCUAUGGUUACUCGUAGUUAAGAAAUAAUUGCUUUGUAGCAGCAGAGCAGUAGAAAAGCAGGAAGAAGAAAGCAAUACUGUACAUAAACUGACCUUUCUAUUACCCAACCUGGCAUGGGUCUCUAUUGCAGAGGGUGCAUGGAGAAGGGCUGAUGCUAUAAGAAAUAAAAAAAAAAACAAAAACCCUGUUUUGCACGUGCAAAAAAAAAAAAAAGUGUAUUGGGUCAAAGAAGUGAUUUUUUUAAUGAGUGAAAGAGAGCGUAGAGAACUCGCAUGAAAUACUCAGAAAAUAUUAGCCUAGAAAAUAGAACAUUAACAAAAUAAAAUUAAUAUAUUAAGUUAUAAUUGGAAUAUGUUUGACAAAUUUGUUUUUACGUUCAUACCUUUGAAAAAUAUAGAAACGGAUUUUAGCUCAUGUAUAUUUUAUAUUAAAGAAAACAAUACCCUAAUGAAUUGAAGACUAUAUAUAAAGUUAUAUACAGUACUUUUGAACACAUUCUGCUAUGAAUUAUUUAUAUAAGCCAAAGCUGUAUGUUGUAGCUUUUUUGUAGAGUAUAGUUUUAUCUUAUUUUGACUUUCUAGUUUUUGCUUUCAAAGAUGAAAAGGAAAAACUUGCAGGCGGAACCUUGGGGGAAAAAUAAGCCAUGAACACUUAUAUGUAAAUUUAAAUUUGAGCCAAACUCUUUGUGUAUAUAGCAUCCUAAAUAUAUUAUCACCUUUGGUGUAAGUACCUAUGUAUUGUACGGUCACCAGAUUAAAAAGUAUAUUUUUGUGGAUUGACGCCAACUUGAAACAAGGCGAGGUCCUUAUUAAGUAGAGUAUUCACUGUUUAAUAUUUACUAUUUUGUUAAAUAUACUGUACUUUCUUUGGAUUUUAAUUAUUAUUAAUAUUAUUAUCCAGAUUUUUCAGAGGGUGUAUAAAGGGGUUGGCCCCCUCACUGGUGGUGAAUGUGUGCCGUUCAAUUGUAAUCUCUGUGCUGUAUGGUUAAGCUUCAUUAUACAUUUUAUAUAUAUGUAUAUAAAUAGCAAAGUGGCAAAAAAAAAAUCCGGUGUUAAGUUCAUCCUGCAUAAAUAUACAAAAUCUGUUACAACACAUUUUAAGGCAUCAUUUUAAAGCUGCCUCUUCUGAGGAGGAAAAAAAACCAGUGGAAAAACUUGACCUAAUUUCUCAUGGUAGGGAAAUGACACAUAUCAGAGGAGCACAAAAGGUUUUGUGAGUUGGCAAGUGGUUUGGGAAAAAUUUGCUGCUUCCAAGAGAGGGAGGAAUGCAGAGCCCCCCUGUGCCCCAAGACUGGGCCGGGAGCAGUUUGGUGUUGGAUGCGGGGCCGCGAUCCCACCGGUGCUCCCGGUCACCUCCAGGCUGGCAGUGCUGGUUCUGGGUGGAAGCUGCAGAGCCGUGGGGUUGCCCAAACUCUUCAGAGUUAGCCCUGAUAUUUAUUACCUUUUUUGCUUGGGCCUUUUGUUUUUUUUUUUUUUUUUUCCAGUUAAGAAAAUCCCUCGAUGCUGUCAGGGAGGGGUGAGAAGGGCGGUGUCCCUGCGGUAGCUGAGGCCUCCAGCUGGGCAAGGUUAAAACCCGCAGGGGCUCCAGUGCCCUCCAGCCCUUGCCUUGGAACUGCUUUCCCGUUCCUGGGUUCAUCCCGGCUGGCAGGAGGGUGGAGGCAGGAGGGACACGUUCCCAUGGCCGCCGUGUCCCCAGUGACCGAAUUCACUUGCUGCUCCCUGGAACCUUUUGCUGCUCUGACCAGUGAUGUGAGUUCCAUGAUUUAUGCACCUGUAUGAACUUUGCUGUACAUCCGAGUGGGAGUUCUGCAUUCACAUUUACUGUCUAUUUUCUUGUGUGCCUUAUCAGAUGGCUUUGCUGACUGUAUCUCAAUAGUCUUUAUUUCUAUGCAGGUUUUUAAACAGUACUUAACUACUGUUUUCUUAAAGACAAAGCUACACAAGGGUUAGAGUUUGUAUUGAAAUUGCACCAAUGAAUUAAAAAAAAAAAAUAAAAAGAAUCAGUUCUAAAGAGCUGGGCAAGGGAGUGGCCCUGUGCUGCCCCAGCCCCGGCAGAAACGUCCUUCCACAGCCCUCCGGUCUCGGGGAGCACCUCCUGCCACCGAGGACAUGGGAAUCCUGGUUUUUAAUAACAAGUAACUCACUUUGAAACAUACUUUUUUAGAAAUUGUAAAAAUGUUUUAUAUUAAAAAAAAAAGAGAUGACAUAGCACAGAUAUUUCAACAGGUUAAAAAAAAAAAAACUUUUUAAAAUUAUCUCUGCUGACUGAAGUGCAAGUGGAUCCAAUCCUGGGCUGAACCCAGUCAGGUCUGAACGAUUUAAGAUUUUUAUCUCUGUUGUGACAAAUCACCUCCAUCCUCGAGCUCUCACGAUAGUUUUGAGAACGCCACGUUGUCAGGGACUCGUCAGAGAGAACUGCUUUAGCCUUGCCUUCCCUCCAAGGACACUAAUGCAUCAGAAACUUGCGAGUUACUGUGCGCACAAGAAAUACAUAGUAAAUAAGGAACAAAACAACUCCUAACAAUUGAUCCUGGGCAGAAGUUAAAUCCGAAUGUGAAAGAAAGACUUAACCAAUGUAAACAUUUAAAUCUUAGUAGAACCUUUCUUCACUUUGCUGUGCAAGAGAACACUGCUUUGCUAUAUUUAAAAUGGCUUUUUUAAAAGAGAUUUAUGUAUUUGGUAAAUGUUUGUAGUCAACAGUUCACAAGAAGCUGUUCACGGUUUAAUGCUGAUAAGCCGUUUGGCGGCACAAGCUGGACUUUGUUGCCAUCCUUGAGACGAAUCUUUUAAGAAAAAAAAUAAGUUAAUCUCAAUUUUUUUCCCUGAAUGUGUUGUUUUUUCUUCAAUAUACAAUAAAUAUUCUAGUGAACUUUUUAUCAAAUGGUUAAGAAAAUGCUAGAGGUUGUUGUAAAAUAUUUGUAUCCUGCAUUCACUAAAGUAAAGAUACUGGCUUUUACUGUGUA